CCACAGCCGGUCAUCUGGUUCUGAUGUGGUUCUGGAGGACCGGACCUGCUGAAGUCCGUCUGGUCCAAACGUCCAGGAGGAGACAAGAUGGAUGCCCAGCAGCAGGUUCUGGUGGUCGGUUGGUACUGACCCGGUUUAAGGAACAUUUGGUUCAUUUCUCCCAGACUACUUUGAUCAUGAUCCAGUUUUAGUUCAGAUUUUUCUCCUGAAAAAAGUUUAAAAAAUAAAAUAAUUUACGACCCAGAAGGCUCGGCUGAAGCUGCGAUGGAGGUUCUGCCCAAACAGGACGGGUCCAGGUGGGUCCAGAACCUUUCAGGGUUUCAGCCAGGAUAAAUUGUGUGAAUGUUCCAGAAUAAAAGCCCGUCCUUCCUGAUCCGGUCCAGCUCAGGUGACUAUUGUGCCCGUCCGGUCCGAUCCGGUUGGGUCGGAUUCUGGCUAAAACCAGGAAGGAGCUUCAGCCAGAUUACUGCUGGGUAAACCUGCCGACCUGAGGUCUGCUGGUUCUGGUCCCCUUCUAUGACCACAAAUCUGGAACAAACUGCCAGAAAACUGCAGAAGAGCCGAAAGUCUGAGAUCCUUUAAGGCUAAAGCGGGCGGGUUAGCUAUGAGUGAUUCAGUCCAGGCCCGGCGGCAUUGGGGUACAUUUGGGAACAAUGGCCGCCCACAGAGACAGCCAGGCUCGUCAUUUAUUGGCAGUGGACCCAGAUCAGGACUCGGGGUGGUUACCAUGACUACCAGGGAAGCUCCGCCUGCUACGUCGUGUUCGGCAUGGCGACGGUUAAGCCAUCCAUGUUCUCUGAUGGACUGAAGACCUGUCCGACCCUGGAGGUGGUGCCAUAGACGAUGACGUGUUGACUGUUGACAAGCUGUUGUCAUAGUAACAGCAUCCUCAGAUUUAGAUUGCUGAUUGCUGGGCCUCACCUGUGUGGGGGCGGGACCAGGUGAGCCGUCUGACAGGAAGCUGCUGCUUAGCUCCAAACCCAUUAGCAGUAAUUGGAGGAUUAGAGCCUCAGAUGAUCCGCUGCUAAUCAGAUCAGGAGCGGCUUUAGCAGGACGCCAGGCUGCCGCUCAUAUUCACACCUCCGCUCCGCUUCGCGCUGGUUCCUGCUGCCGGUUCCCCAUCAUGACUCAGAACCCUGUGGUCCAGUUCCUGAGCUCCUCCUGGGACGGCUUGCGGCUCUGAGCCUCAUCGUUCUGCAGACCCGUUCGGGACCGUCGCCGUGAGCCGACGCCAUGCCGUUCCUGUCGCUGAAGUUCAACCUGCAGAAGCGGGUCAAGCUGGCUCAGGGUCUCUGGAUGCUCUACUGGCUCGCCGUCAUCGUGGGCAUCAUCCUCUUCAGCCUCGGCAUCUUCUUCAAGAUCGAGCUGAGGAAGAGGAGCGAGAUCAUGGACAACAACGAGAGCCACCUGGUGCCCAACCUGCUGAUCCUGGUGGGCAUGCUGUCCUGCGGCCUGAACGCCUUCGGGGGGAAGCUGUGCCACGACUCUCUGGACCCCCAGAAGUUCUCCAAGAUGAAGCCGAUGCUGCGGCCCUACAUGCUGCUGUGCUGCGGCUUCAAUGCGCUGCUGCUGCUGCUGGUGCUGCUCUCCUUCCUCAUGCAGUUCGCCGUGUACCUGACGCUGGCCGAGGGCCUGAAGAACGCCAUCCGCUUCUACAAGGACACGGACACGCCGGGACGCUGCUUCAUGAAGAGGACGCUGGACAUGACUCAGAUCGAGUUCCGGUGCUGCGGAAACAACAACUUCAGGGACUGGUUCGAGGUGCAGUGGAUCAGCAACCGCUACCUGGACAUGAGCAACGACGUGGUCAAAGACCGUGUCCUCAGUAAUGUGGAGGGGAAGUACCUGAUGGACAGCGUCCCGUUCAGCUGCUGUAACCCCGGCUCGCCCCGCCCCUGCAUCCAGCAUCACCUGACCAAUAACUCCGCCCACUACGACUAUGACCACCGCACUGAGGAGCUGAACAUCUGGAACCGCGGCUGCCGCCAGGCCGUCUUCUCCUACUACAGCGGCAUCAUGAACAGCAUCGGAGCGCUGCUCAUCUUCACCAUCGUCCUGGAGGCGGGGGAUGUGGCGGGCCUGAAGUACCUGAGCACGGCCCUGGAGACGAUGGCCGACCCGGAGAACCCGGAGUGUGAGAGCGAGGGCUGGCUGCUGGAGAAAGGCUUCAAGGAGACGCUGGCCGACCUUCUGUCCAAGGUCAAGACCUUCGGCCGCGCCAACCAGGUGGAGGAGGGCGGGGCCUCCCCCGACGCCGACGCCACCUGAAGCCCCGCCCACCAGCAUCCUGAGGUCUCUCCCCUCCCCUUCCCCCACCGCAGCCG